AUGAAGUACAUAGCCAGCCUCGUCAUAGCGGCAGUCUCUGUUAGCAGCGUUACCGCGUCGCCUGUUCAAUUAGAGAUUCUCCAAAACGACAGCAGCAUCGUGCCCUACAUCGACUCCAGCCUCCCAAACCACACCAUCUAUUUCCCGACUGGCGCUCCUGUUGCUCACUCAGACAAAUUCCCUGUUCUGAUCUGGGGCAACGGCGCCUGCAGUAUUGAUGGCACUUCGAAUCAAGUCCUCCUGAAGCAUGUGGCUGCGAACGGGUUCCUCGCCAUCGCCGAGGGUGUCAUGGCGCCAGACACGACCAACACGACGCGAGACACGGCUAUGAGCAUGCAAGGCCCUUCCAACGACAAGACGAUGAAGGCAGCUAUUGACUGGAUCCAUCAGCAUGCUGGAAAGGGUAAAUACAAAGAUGUGGACGCAAGCAGACUCAUGACAGCGGGCUUCUCAUGCGGUGGGCUCGAGGCUGCGUAUAACUUCCCUGACCCUCGAGUUGCUACUGUCGGCAUUGUCAGUUCUGGCAUUGCCGAUGCGGAUAAGACGUACCUGGCAUCUACGUGGAAGAAGCCAGUGCUCUAUGUUCUGGGUGGCACAGCUGACCAGGCAACCCCGAAUGGUAACCGCGACUUCAAGAACAUUCCCGCUGGCACUCCCAAAUGGAAGGGAAUCCUUCCUCUCGGCCACGGCGGCGACCUUGGGCACACCAACGGCGGCCUGUUUGGCAAGGCUGUGCUAAACUGGGCAUUGUGGAACCUCAAGGGUUCCGAGGAUGCUGCUCAGUAUUUCAAGGGUGGAUGGCAGGCUGACGGAUGGGAUGAGGAGUCUGCGAGCUUGGAUAAGCUGAAGCCUGUUGGACGUCCUUAG